UUGAGCUUUAUGCUUCAAGCCCGAUACAGAAAUAGCAACUGGAACUGGGCACAAGGUCUCAAUAAUAACAUCGACAAGCCACCAUCUUAUCCUUGCUGGGGGUCGGGCCAUGCAGCUGCCACCGUCAGAACUGGGGAUCGGGACAAGAACCGAGCAGGCCUUUCAGAUAGCCUCCUAUUCUCAAGCGCUGCACGCGAAGACAUCGUGGCCAGUGCGGAAGUGGAGACAUGGUGGACACACCCUAUUACAUGGAGGGAUAUAUUUUUGGCCCGCGAUAAUGAAAGUGCCAUAUAUCCCAUGGAAGAGGGUGUCGACAACUUUGAAACGGCUCUAGUGAAACAGCUUUGGGGCCGACUUGUAAAGCACAAUAUCAAGUUCACAGCGUGGAUGAACCUGGAGGUUGUCAUCGUGGCCCUCCGUCUUAGCAAUCAUGAAAUGGCUAUCUCCAAUGCCAUGGAAUGGGACUCUCCGGAGCUGCACGAGACGUUAUGUGGUUUCCAACUGGCAGCCCUGGACCAAAGGAAGUGGGUAGAAUUAAAUGGCGUGGACCUGAUCCAACAGUUAUGUCCCAACGAUGAACGCAAAUAUGGUCCACGCUACGGAUUCCCUGCAGUCUUACGUUUCUUGGAGCAUGUUGAGAAUGAUGACCCAGAUCCAGGUGCUGAACAAGCUAUGGCAGAUGGUGAUGCUGAGGGCCAAGCCCAGUUUAAUCGCGAUGAUGCAGAAGAUGAGGAUUAUGAAGCCAGCGAUUAAAGAUUGGGCGGGAAGUCUCUCUUGAGGUAGUAGGGUGAAUGUAGAUUGCUAGCUGCGUGUGAGAUGUAUGUACAUCAUAGUAGGAUGAAUCUGUAGUCUCUCAUAUGCCCGAAGUUGCUUCUCUUGAGCAUCAAUCCACGC